ACACAUUCGAAGAACAGCCACUAUGAAUUCCUAAACAAGAAAAAGAAAAAUUGCAUCGUAGAAAUAACAAAUGUUCCAUCAAUGGAAAAAGAAAAGCAAAAUCUACUUCUUUUUUAAAUUCAUUAUCGAACCCCUUAUCAACAAAGUGUUGUUAAUGAGGUGGUAGUUUCCAUAGUCCAUCGAUUGAACUAGUCAUAUUCCUCCUUUCGAGUCCAUUCAUUUUUUUGGCCUCUUCAUAAUAUUCCUCUUUUUUUUUAUUUUUGUGGUCAGUAUUUACCGAGAACACACAGAGAUAUUUUCUUAAGGCAAACACAAGUAGUCCAAAUUCCAACUUAUAGUUAACUAACUUCCAGAACUUGUGUGUGUCUGUUGUCUGUCUUUGCAAUGGCAACUUUUACUACUUUUGCUUCCAUCAGAAUUCCCAGCCUCCAGUCAGGUGAUCAGCACUCCAUUUUCCGGCCAAAAAUUACUCAGAAAAUACACAAGUUGUUGCGAUGCAAUGCCGAGAACUCAACAAGUAACUCAUCAAACAAUACUAGUACCACCAGCACCAGCACUAGCAGCCAAGAAUCAUCUGAGUCUGAUAAUCUGCUGCUUAAAAUGGCUUGGUAUGGUUCUGAGUUCCUCGGGAUUGCUGCUUCUUUUUUCCGUUCGACGACGAGUACUGAAGCUUCUCCAGAGGGGAGUUUGGAACUUGCAGCUGAUGAGUCUGGACUUGUUGAUCGUGCCCUUGUCGUUGAUACCAUUAAAGAUGACUUCCAAAGAUCCUACUUUGUCACAGGAAACCUGACCCUUAAUGCAUAUGAAGAGAACUGCGAAUUUGCGGAUCCAGCAGGUUCCUUCAAAGGGCUUAGUAGGUUUAAAAGGAAUUGUACUAAUUUUGGUUACCUUGUUGAAACAUCAAAUAUGAAGCUCAUGAAGUGGGAGGACUUUGAGGACAAGGCGAUUGGUCAUUGGCGUUUCAGUUGCAUACUGUCAUUUCCAUGGAAGCCCAUUCUUUCAGCAACUGGUUAUACAGAAUACUAUUUCAAUGAAAAAUCUGGAAAAGUAUGCAGGCAUAUAGAGCAUUGGAAUGUUCCAAAGAUGGCUCUUCUGAAGCAAAUAAUAAGGCCUAGUAGGGGAAGAAAAGGGAGUGGAUGAAGUAAUAGCUAAUGAUCCAUGUGAAGUGUGAACUACAAGCCUCGUAUGUAUGGCUGAAAAACUCGACAUGAACAAGAAUAUAGACCGUACCAAUACACUGGAUUUAAAGGGGAGGAAGGUCUGUAAUGUGAAUGGUGUUGAAAAAGAAUGAAGGAUGUGAAGAAAAUACUCUAGUGCAUUAACUAUUAAGGUCAGUACUAUUAUUCAAAGUGUAGCGGAAGUGGGGAUAAAUAAGCUUUGACAUCGAUGGAACUGAGAAGUCUUGCUUCGUUCCUGUGAAGAAGAUCGUGCAGUUGGUUAUGUCAUCACAUAUAUUGAAUGAACUCUUUAGGUACACAUCGAAUGCAGCGUGGUAAGUAUCUGAAACAAAUACGAAGAGCUUUCUGUUUAGUGCAUAUAUGUCGUGUAGGCCUGUUCGCCAGAUUCACACAUAAGAUUAUUCUGUUUUCAUGAGGAAAAUAGAGAGGAGUAGCGUGUUCUCCCAUACACUCUGAAUCUCGUCAUUCUUUUUAUUGUUCAAGACAUAGUACAGUAAUGUUGUAAGUUCAUAUGAAUUAAGAUCUUGCAUUCUUUCUUGUAUUUCCCUCUUUCAAAGUAUAACAAGAUUAUAAGCUCACUGUUGCA